ACCGCGACUGGAAACCGCGACUUUUGGUUGAAAAAAGUGAUGGGCAACUUCAGCUGAUCUACCUUUCUCUGACAGACGACACAUUAUAAAAACCUUGAUAUAAUUCAUGUAUAAAGUCACAUUGUAAUAAGAUAAGUAGCGAACUUUGGAGGAUGGACAGUGAAUUUCAACGAGAUGGAAGGGUCCUAGACCUCACCGAUGAUGCUUGGAGAGAAGACCGAUUGCCGUACGAAGAUGUCACUAUCCCUCUGAGUGAACUGCCCGAGGCUGAACAGGAUAAUGGCGGAUCAACAGAGUCUGUGAAAGAACAAGAGAUGAAAUGGACGGACCUGGCCCUUCAAAGCCUACACGAAAACACCCACAACACUGGAACGUAAACGGACUAUGUGUCACUUCUUGUCUGGUCUCUAUAGCAUGCCACCUACAGACAUGCUCUUUACACUGGGUUACCAGAAAUGUCAAUAAGUCAUUUAUUGUAUCCUUGAAAGCACAUUAAAUAAAUCAAAUGUCAACACCACAAA